AGCAGCACAGCCAGCAGCUCCACCACGUCGGGACUCGCAGCACCAGUACGCUCCCGACGCCCCAGCCACUUGUUACUCGCUUCGGCCGCACCUGCACCGCUUGCGGCAGCCGCUGAGGUGCUCCUCGGUGCUUCGAGGGCGACGUUGUGUGCUGUGGAGGUGCUUGCGUCUGCUCGUGCUUUGCGAUCGUAGCGUGAGGCUUGAUAACGAGUGUCUAGAUCGGCGUUGUGGUUCUCGGCGCCUCGCUUUUGGGUGCUGUGUGUGUGCGGCGCGAGGGGGGCGGCGACGGAGUGUUUGUGUUUUUGUGCGCCGAAGGGAAGCUACGCUGUUCGGGACGAGAGCUUUGUCUCGGUUUAUUUCGAGAUCGGGCGUGCGUGUGCGAGCAGGAACGAAGCUCAGGCGGGGAAGCGAGAGUGAGCUUUGUGGUGCAGCGUGUGCUCGGGAGAUGAAUUCGUGUGGUGAUAGUGAUGCCUCUGUCCUUUAACAAGGCGAAUGUGUUGUGCUAUCGUAGAGGAGAAUUGGACAGGCAGGUAAGGACAGACCGACGGAGAACCACCAUCAAAAGGGUGAUCCCAAGGUACUGGAAGAGUUGCCAGCUUGUCAAUUAAGCCGCGGUCCAGGCCCCCUCCGGCCGCGAGCAAACAGAAUCAUCAGUCAAAGUGGGCUCGCGGGAUAGAAAACGCGCUUGACACCCUUCCAUUAGCGUGGCAUGAGAUGCGAAGUGCGAGGGUAUGACAGAUGUAAAUCCGCAGGUACUUCGACCGCGCCGGCACCGCGCGUGAUCUGAAUGGAAAUAUUAAAUCCCCGAAGCUGAACGCGAGCGUCGUGGCAACCUAGAGUGGCCGUGCGCGGGUGGGAGAUGAUUACCCUCGUUGUUUACACCUGUAGCUAGUCACCUGGUGUGCGCUGGCCCCCGGUGCGCUGGGGGAAAGGGGAGGAAGGAAUUUCCUCCCCGGGGCGCGAGGAAACUGCGCGCGAAAGACGGAUGUGAUGAAGGCCUUUGUGGCUCCUAUGACAGUCAAGGUUACACAAAAGUCAAGGUCGGGGAUCGGCGAGGCUGUUGUGUGUAUCUGUGCCGGAGAUGCCUGUGCUGAGGGCGAAGAGUCCGCGGGUGGAGGGCGGGCGGUGCUACCCCAAGGUGUGCUGGUCCGCCGUCACCCGCGCCACCCACUGGGGGCUCAGCACGCGCUCGUCCGCCCCCGAGACGCACUCCGCCAAGUCUGCGAGGAGUGCGAAACCGUCGCAAAUCUUCAACGGCUUCCCAGUCGAUUCGGAUCAGGGCGGCGUCACGAGCGGGCGGGGCGGUGAUUCAGAGGCGAACGGCUGCAGAAGGGAGAUGGGAACACCCAGGGCCCCCGCGGCCCCCGCCCGCCACCAGGGGGGAGUGCAUGCCGCUCAGCCCCUCCCCGCGAGCACGCUCCCCCGGGGGGCGCAGCAACACCGCCAGGCUCGCCACCAGCCCAGUACCCCUAGAAGUGCCACGCCGUCUCGGUCGCUUGCCUCUCCCUCCGCAGGCAAGAACUUGAGCAAUGGCGGUGCUUUCCGGACGCCUGGGACCAGACUCCGCUUCUUCUCCAGGAGUGUAGCGGCGCCUCCCCCGCCUGCUUGUGACGAUUUUCACUGUGACGUCGACGACCUGUGUGACGCCAGCAGUGCGAGCGACUGCAGCAGCGCCAGCGAUGCACACAGCUCCAGCGGUGGUCACAGCGCGCGUGACUCGUGCAGUGGAAGCGACGACGACGGUGCUUGCUCUGGCACGUGCUGCAUACCGGCGGGUGACGCGCCGUGCUGUCUGCUACCCUGUGCCCACGCCUCUGCGGGUGCCAAGAUAAUUAAGAGUGCCAUCAGUGUGCCCUCGACGAGGCACUGUGGUUAUGGUGUCUGUUGGAACGAGAAUGACGCCAGCAUAGCCAAGAUGCCUCUGAGAGGUCGGGGCGACGAGGACGUGACGACAGCGGCGUGUAUGGGUGCUCUCAGCAGCCGAUUCAACGGCCUCGGCGCUCGAGAUGGCGGUGCCGGCCGGGCGGCGACGCCGAACGGCCAUUGUGACGCUCAGGUGCUUGACAGGUGCGACGGGGAGGCUCUGUCGCCCCGUCACCCCCGUGCUGAGAGUGAACCGAGUGUGAGUAGAGGCAAGGACGCGUGUGACAGGAACACGGCCCAGCGCGGCAUUGUGUGUCGUAUUGGCCGUCAGCAGGACAGCGGUGCGACGCCGAUGGUGCGACAAGACACUUUCACAAUAGAGAGAGGGCAAGGCGGGAUCGGCCCUCGAGGGGAAGGGGGCCUCUCCUUGCCCAUGCUGUCGAGGCCGCUCUGCCCCUCCCCGACGCCCACGCCCUCCCUCGCCACCCUUAGGCCUAGGGCUGGCCAGAGUGGCACUUCCAACGGCUCCAAACUUAGGCCUCCUGUCACUCAUUUCCGUGAGGCCGCCCGCCUCAGCCCUGCCAGGUCGAACGGCGCUGCCUCGGCCCCGUACUCCCGGGGGGCACUGUCGCAGCCCAGGGCGGCCUCGAGGGGCGGGCGUAGCAGGAGCGCCAGCGAGAACGGGGACUUGGGAGCAGAGGAAAGGCUCGGCGGGGGCGCUAACACUCCGCCGUGGGAGCCUCACCAUGUCGCCAAGGGUCCACGUGGGAGUGGCAACACUAAGCGCGGUGCCCCGUACUCCCGCAGCAGCGUCAGCAGUGAUGAACACGAUCACCAGGCGGCCGCAGGACAGCAGAAGGAGGACCCGCCCCCCCACCAGCCCACACACCGAGGCCGCCGUGCCAUGAAGAUCACGUUGCGCGAGGAGGCCACGAAAAAGAACACCAACCUCACUACUCCGGCGUCUAGGACUCGAUCAGGCUCCCGGAGUUCCGGUGGUUCGAGCCCAGCAACCAUACAUGGGAGGGCUCCACACAAGACUGCCACAGUCACUCCGGCCCCUAAUAAAGUUACCCCUAAGAGUGGUUCUCUCAACAGGUUCGGAUUCCGUAGCAGUGCGCAAGUCAAAUCUGGUGAUAGCACUGACAGUGUUAAUUCCAUACUAAGUGAUGCGCAGACAAUAUCUGACUCAAAUUCCAAUAUCUUUGAAUUAUGUGAAGAGGAAAAUGAAAAUCUUAAAAGCACAAAGAAAAGUAGUGAAACAGAUGUGUGUGACAACAAUGACAUUCAUGUGCAAAAUAGGUUAGCGUUGUCUAACACAAAGGUGAAUAAGUCUCCUACUCCAUACAGUACUCCAAGAGGCACACCAAAUCUACAGUCAGGUCGAAUUACAGCUUUUACCCGACAGUUACCGAAACCUCAAGUAGUUACUGUUAAGUCAUCUGUCAGUCCGAAGCCACAAACUCCACUGUCCUAUAGCCCUAGGCCCUACACCCCUAAGCCCCACAGUCCCAAAACCCAAAGUCCAUUAGUCAGAGACAGAACGAAGAGCCCCUCAUUAAGAUCUCUUUCCAAUACCCCCUCGAAAGCUCCCUUAGAACAAACUCCUAAAGCAAAGCAGCAGUUCUUGAAUAACAGUCAGAGGAUUCCUCGGGUUUCAAGAGACUCGGAGUCCUCCACCAGGUCGGGGACUGAAGUGGACUCAGGGCUGGGAUCCUCGAGUGAAAGCGACAAGAUUCGCGGUGAAGGGGAGACCGACACUCUUGGAUCCAGUAAUGUAGAGAGUACAGAAGAUAUGUCCGAUGCAUGGCUCAGAGGGAAGAGGGCACAGAUAGAUCCAGCUAAGAGGCGGUCAGGUAAUAUGGAAGUCCAUUUUAAUGGCACAGGAGAAUUUGAAUUGAAGAGACGCAGUUUAGAAUGUAAAGAAUCAAGUCCUUCUGAACCACAACUUUCAUCAGUCAAACCAGAGGUUCCCCCGGAAAAGAAAUCCGAACCAAGCAAAGAAAAACGUGAAGGCACAAUAACCUACAGUAUGGCAAGACAGAAGUUUGCUCCAUACAGUCGUGGUCGCAUUGGCUACGGGUACCAGGGCACUGCUGGAAGGAGUGGUGAAGGUGCUUCAUCAAAUAACUCUAAUAACUCAAGCACAAAUGUGACAAAGAUCCCUGGAAGCUCAGGUCUAGUCAGAAACCGUGUCGCCAUGCUGGAGAAGACUCCUACAAAGACAACUCCACAACCACCAGUGAGAAGAAGCAGUCUGAAGAAACCAGUAAUCAGACCCACAUCUUUGGAAAAGACACCUAUUCUAGUCAUGCCCGUCACAGAAAAGACAGUAGAACUUAGUAAGCCUGUGUGUAGAAGGCUGGAAUACAGUGAAUGCAAGAAUGUGAAAAGUGAUGCACAAAAUGAGAUAAGUGGUGAAAUACAACAGGGAAUAAAUCCUAAACUUUCUACCUCACAUCCAAAGGCUGAAGACAUUCUGAUUGUGGGUUCAAUUGAGGUAGAAACACAUACAGACAAUAAUAUCCUUUUAGAAGCUGAAAAUCAUGGAAGUUAUUAUGAAAAUUCCUAUGAAAAAACUCCACUUAUAGUCAAAGAAGUACCUUUGAAACAUAGUCCAGAAAACAACAAAGCAAAUGAGAAUAAAGCAGCAAAUGAUGUUAUUGAAAAGGAAAAAUUACAUGUUGUGACAUUUGACGGGGAUUCAUCAGAGUAUUUGUCAGAGACUACUAAUGACUACACAGACAGCAGUUUAUCUGAGAGAAUUGAGGAUAGUUGUGACACAGGGGAAAUGGUGAAUGGGCAUUACCUCCAGUCUCCGGAUGAAUUUGGAAUGAAGAUUCUAACUCCUCAGUCUGAGUCAUCAUUUGAAAUACUGGAAUCAUUAAGUGAAACAGUGGAGUUGAGCACAGAGGAAGCCAGGGAUGACUACUCCCUCACAGAACCAGAAAUUAGCGAGAGCAAGGCCACUAUUCUUGAGAUGAAAAGACAGGAGUCAGCUGAUGGGUUGGCUGCUUCAACUUCCGGCUCAGAGGGAAGAACAUCAACUGAGGAAUUAUCCAAACCUCCCUUGAAGCCAAAACCAAAGCUUCCUUCCGUAUCACCAGAAAAACUGACAAACCCAAGUGAAGUAAGUAAGCCAUCUUGUGUCCCUACAGAUGUUCAUAUUGCCAAGCCAGAGAGUUCCCAAAAAUCACCAGUUGGAUCGCCUGUUGACAAGAAGAAGCCGGUGGGCAUGGGGAUGACUUUGGUCAAAGCAACAGACAUGAAAUCAUCUGUGGAUUCCUCGAUAGAUUCUCCGAAGUCAACCACAGGAAAUCCUAUGGUGGAAUCGUCUGACCGCUCGACGCUUUCCGGGAAAUGCACUCCCACCUUAAACUCCGGCAGGGGAGACUUGGAUCAAGAUUUUCUGAUUGAUGAUGAGAUCGCAGAUCAACCAGGCCUCAUGUUUGGUGGGUCCACAAUGGCAUCUUCAUUCUUCACAGAUGAUGGAAUAUUCGAUGACUUGACAGCAACUUCUCCAAGUCAUGUGCCACUUAAGUCAGCUGCUGUAGGUUCAGGGAGGAGUCGUGCCAACAGCGUGGACACGACCUCUAGUCUUGGCGCUGACGACCUCAUGCUUGACUUUGACAUAGAAGAGGGCAAAGCAGGAGGUUCGUCUAACAGGUCUUCUAACAGUUCGUCCCUCAGUGUUGGCAUCCCUGGAUCCCUAACAGGGGCGCGUCCAAAAAAGAUGCACCUGCGCAUUACCAUUCCUGGACGCAGAUAUGACGAGGAAGUUCUCAGUCCAGAUGCCAGCGAAAUCUUCAGUGAAUGGACAGCCAUGAUGGCGGAAGUGAGCAGCUCAGUUGCAGAAAGAUGCGUGUCUCGAGAUGGCAGCAGCGGAGGAGGACGGACGUCGCGGCCCAGGCUCAACAGCUCCUCGGACGUGUCUUCGCCGGACCCCAGGCGGCCCACCGUGCUCAGACCGCCGCGGCAGGGUGGCUUGUCAGAGGGAGAGGGAGGUGGAGUCUGCAUUGACCGCACCUCGUAUCACUACAUGUGCCAGGAUGUCACGGCCCUCAAGACCAUGCUGCUGCGUCUCAGAAGAGUUCUUCAGGCUGCCGACACCAUAAAUCCAUUUGAUGCCAAUCUACGGAACUCAUUAUAUCUCAGCCUAGCCAGCAGUGACUCUCCAGGAGGCUGUGGUAUCAACGGCGACAAGGAUUCUCUUACACCAUCUGUGAUUGAGCUGUCCCAAGAAAACAUCGACUUACGGAGACAAGUAGUGCUCCUGCAGCAACAACUGGAAGAACGAGACCGUACCAUAAGGCUCUUACAACAGCAAUUAGCGCAGAGUUUAGCGAGCCAGAAAACGACUUGUAAUCCUACCGAUGCCGAAGCCCCAACAAACACGGUGAACGCUGCCACGCAGACAGAGCGUUCCUCUCGUCCCACACUCACUGGAUCCAGCCUCUCGCGAGCGGCUUCCAUUGACGAUGGACUUGGACCAACUGUCAGUUCUGAGGGUGAAGGUGAUUGUAUGGGUCGAGGACGAAGCACAUCAGCACCGGAGCAUCGCCAGCCCAGAGCAGCCAGCCAGCCACCGGCACUUCUUAACCGACAUCCAACUCAAUCAUGAUCAUCACUUGACAUGAAACCAACUUGCUAUGACACAAUGCCAGCUACAACUAUCACCUUUCACUGAUCCAAACUCAUACCAUAAUCAACAUGGACUUCCUAGGUUCAGUGAAUCUGUUACCUAUUUUUAUAUAUAUAUAUAUCAUAACCUUACUGACUUUAAGCUUGUUGCUUUCAAACCACCUAAAGUAAUGCUUUACCAGAUGUACGACUUCCUUUAAGACUGUGCUCUAACUGUCAGAGGCACUUCGAAAAGUUGUAUAAUGUACUCAAGAGGUGCAGUUUGUAAACUGCUGAUUUAGUUGUGAAAUAUUACAUGAGAAAAAUAUACAAGAUAAAAAGUUGAAUGAAAAAUAUAGAUUCUCCUAUGAUUAAACAUAUUCAUGCUUUUGGGGAACUUUUAGUGCCACAAAGUAAAACAUAAAACAUGGAAUGAGCUUGGGUUACAUAUGAAUUGUGUAUCACUUAAUCCUAAUUGUCAUAAGAGCAGCCUUCCGGUCUCCUAACUUUGUGAUACUCAUCAUAUCUCCUCUGUGUUCAUUCAUGCUGAAAAUUGAAAGCAGUCAUUGUUUACACUUAUUGGCUAAGGAAAAGUUAAUAGUUGAGUGGUAGAUCUAUUGUGGGGAUUCUUACUGUAACAUUCUUAUGGAAUAUACAAAAAUCUGUUAUAGAUGCUUAAACCUUAUUGCAAUGUAUAUUGGUUCUGCAAGCAACUGUUGAAUAUAAGUGUAUUAUACUGGUUCUGAACCUACAUAGCAACAUUACUGAUAGGUAGCAGACAUUUAGCUGCUAACAAUGUGUUGUAAGCUUCUGAAGUAGAAGUUGUAGACAAUAAACUAUACUAAGUAGAAUAUGCCAUAUUAUAACUGGUGUAAGCAGUUUUCAUAAUUUUUGAGCAGCUUUACAGAGAAUGGAAGCACAACUUACAAUAGUAAUUCUCCAGAAUAAUAAAGCUGUUCCUUUACUGGAUAGUCAAAGAACUUGGAGUCUAUCCAUCAAAGCAUGACCAAGAAAUAAACUUAUAAUCAUAUGAACUGCUUGUGAUCAACACUUCUUGCUGCACUGCAAUGAAAGCUCGCCAUUGAUUCAGUGUAAUUUAUUGUCAUACGUCAAGUCACCCUCAAGCAUAAAAUAUUCCAAGGCUGCUCUUGCUUGUCCAAUAAUGACAUGUGAUAAAAUCAGGGUUUGCUGACAUGCGAAGAAGCUACAGCGUAAAAUUAAAGGUCAUGUAUUACCAAUGCUUUUAACUUAUUGACACAGUUUUAUUAUUUUUUAUAUAUAGAACUUUAUGCAUUCAUAGGAUCACUGUAUAUAAACAUGGACAUGUACUUUACAAAAGGAAGAAUUAGAGAUUAUUUGGUACAUGUUGAAAAGUAGUUCCUCUCGUGUCUUAGUGUCAAACCCUGAGGUUAUCAUAACUAUAUAACAUUUUUAUGAGUGUCUUUGCUAAAAUUUAAGCUUAAAAGGACCAGUAUGGGAGCUACAGUAUGUAGAUAUGAUUUUUUUGAGGACAUGACUGGUUAAAAAGUCUGUAAAUAGGAAAUAUAUUUAUUGAAGUAUUUAUACCUCAUGAUCCAAAUUCACAUUCAUCAUUUGCUUGCAGGUGAGUUCAAGAUAAGUAAUAUUUGAUAUGAUUAGUGUAGAAAAAAAAUACAAGGUUAAAAUUAAUACUAUAUUAUUGCAUUUUGUUGCAUACUUCAAGGAUUUCAUUAUCAUUUCUUUUUAAAGAUCUCUAAAGUCUGUUGCUCAUCUGUCCUGCAAGCAUUUGAUGGUGAAACCAAUGCCAAAGAACAUGAACUAUACUUCUGAUUAUGUUUUGUUAUCAUUUUCUUUAGGAACUGUGAUGUUUAGUUUAUGUGAUAGUAUUAUAGAUUCUAUCCAAAAAAAAUGUGAACAUUCCAUUGUCUUUAUCUAAAAUGGUUGUCCAUAUUUUUCAGUUUUGUUAAAGGUUUUCAAAUAGGCGUACACUUAAUGUUGGCUGUAACUUGAAAGUUGAAGUGUACUUUGUCAUGAAACAAUAACAGAGAUCAAUAUUUUAUUUAGCAAUGUUUUAAAUUUUUGUUAGGAAUCCAGCUAUUGUUGGAAUUAUUAGGGAAGAUGAUGGCACAUGUAUGCAGUGUUGUGAAAACAAGUGCGUGUGAGCACUGCCACUUGUGCUUAGCUUCAAAUUUAUCCAGUGGUUGUAAAUGCGCUGACAUGCCAACUUAUCAUAAAUAUAUACAAACAAAAAUA